UCUUCAGUCUGUGUUGUCAGUCGCUGGCGUUCAGUGCUGGACUGGCGUGAGGAUGAGGAGUCUGGAGCUGCACUAAGAAACGGUGGCGCAUCACAGUCCUGUGAAAUGCAAACAAGGCAUUUAGAGGAGUUGAAAGGAGGGGAACACAACUCCCUCAGGUCUUUAUUACUGUAGAUUACCUGGGUAAACUACAUGACCUGUUUCUGAUUCCUCAUCAGCUGCCCAACACUUUCAGAAGAGCUACGUUUUUGCUGGCAGAGCUGCACAAUGUCUGGUCUGUAUGCUUCAGUGCUCCUCUGCAUCGUGAUUCUGAGUCCGGUCUCCAGAACAGGAGCUGAGAGUGAGGAGAAGUCUGUUGGCUCGGAUGAAGAACUACUGGAUGAAAGGGGCAGUGAGGAGAAGCGUCUCAUGCCCUACUGGAACAUGAGGUCUUCAGACUUCUAUGGCUGGGUGGAGGAGUUGAGAGCUCAGGCAGCUUAUGAUACACUACUGGAUUUGGCAAGAACCUACUGGUCUCAUUUUCCUGUUGCCAGUUAUUUAGGUUAUGACACCAUUCCUGACCAAGAACAUCAAGUAGAGAGUGAGGCAGAUAAAUAAUGAUGCCUGUGAUCACUGAACUUUAUUAAUGUCACCAUCUCUGUAUAAUAUCAGUGUUUUUUGCAUUUGUUGAUAUAAAUUAGAUUUCUUAAUUUUUAAAGGAAAACAUUCAUUUAGAAUAAAUGUGUGAAAGAUUGAAAGUCAUUAUGGAUCAACCUCAACCUUAAAAUUAAGCUACACCUCAACCUAAAACUAAAAUUAACCUAAAUCUUUACUUAAUUCUAACCUUAACCUACAUCUCAUCCUAAACCUACGAUUAACCUACUCCCUAAACUAAAGCUAAAUUUAACCUACACCUCUACUUAAUCCUAAAUGAUAACCUACACGUUUAAUCUUUACUUCAACCUUAAUCUAAACUUAACUUCCACCUCAACCCAGACCUACACCUCAAACUACAAACUAUAAACUACACCUACUACAUCUGAACCUAAUUCAACUAAUAAACUAAUCCAAACUCCGUCUACUUCAUUUAAACCUAAUUCUAACCUUGAUAUAAACCUAUACUCAAGUUAACUCUUGCUUUAAACUUAAACCAUAACUAUUUCUGCUUGUGUUUCCAUCCACUGCUUUUUUUUUAGCGGCUCCACAACAGAGCAUAAAUGGCAAGUAUGAAUGUAGAUGUAGUGACACUAUUCUUUCAGUUCUUCCUCGAGUACAUGGCAGACAGGAUGAGUGUAUUUGGUUAAACAGCUAAUCCAGUGGACAGGAACAUGGAUCAUGAAUUCAUAGUAUGAAUUAAAAAUAAGCACAAAUAUCUUGCAAUUAAUGUGCAAAUACUACAUUAAUACAGUCUUCUUUUCUGAGAUCAUAUUGUUUGUCUUCUGGUGUAUCGAUGAUGAAUUGCAGCUGGAAUUUUCAACGGGAGAAAAAAAUAAGUCUGAAUGUUUUUCUCAUAAAGGCAACAAUAAGCUCUUUCAUGCUCUCAGUUAUUGUCCAUGUUGUCUCCGGCUCUUAAGGACCUACUUUCCCAGGGCUUCUUUAAUUUUGAUCCUUCCUGUUUUGCUUGUCUUUGUUAAGCAAGGAAUCAUUCUCAACUGUAGUGACAACUUCACAAGUGUUUAAGUCUUUGUGUAAAACUAUGAAUAAAUGCAUUGAUUAAUCCUCAUAAAUAGUGUGCAGAGAAAUGUGUGGAUUGUCAUGGACUAAUUCUGAAAAUAUAUAAUUUAUUUCUUAAAAUAUUUUUCUGUUUUUUAAAUCUGUAAUGUCUUAUAAUUAUAAUGUCAUCCUUUAUAAUGUGACCUUUCCAGUACCUGUAAUAUUUGCUUUAUUCACAUUUCCAUCUAAUACUCAAUAUCCACCAUACUGUGGUAAUUAAAAUAAGUUACCUUAUAGAUAGUUACACUGUAUGUUAAUGUAAUGUAACUGUAAAACAGCAGAGGUGUUGAUCUGCACUGUCCUCUGUGUAAACUCCUCAAACGGGCCAGAGCCAGAGUGCAGGUGCAGACUUAUUAACAAUAAGCGGACAGUUUGGCCAUUGGCAGCAGGCCAAUAGACAGUAACAAUAAGGAAGGCACCCAGCCUCUCUAAGUCUAGCCGUAAAAGUUGACAAUUUCUCCAUGUAUGCCAGCCAACAGCUCGAUAGCAAGACUGAGUCGCACUUGUCUUCCGAGAGGGAGUUAUAGAUAAGAGGUGAUACAGCAAGUGUGGGGUCAACAUGCCCCGGUCUCUUGAGGACGCUCAAAAUUCUUUUUAAUAAACAGUUCCUGACUCACUUGGGAUACAAUAAACCAAACUGAAGGGGGUUAUGUAAUGACGAGCAAGGUGGCGCUUGAAGCCCCACAUGUGUCCCAGCCCACCGAGAAUGUUCAAACUAUUUUUUAAUGUAUAAAACCUUGUGUUUUUGACUCUGUAAGCUAGAAGACUUGUGGUUCUGAACUGCUUUGUAAGAUUGAAACUACCUGCUAAAUAAAGCUGUCUUCUCCUUUCUUUUACAA